AUGGAGACCCACAACCUUACAGUGGUGACAGAAUUCAUCCUGCUGGGCAUCACUGAACGCCCUGAGCUACAGACCCCAUUGUUCAUGCUGUUCCUCAUCAUCUAUCUGAUCUCACUGGUGGGCAAUUUGGGCAUGAUCAUCCUCACCAUGGUGGAUUCCAGGCUGAAAACACCUAUGUACUUCUUUCUCAGACACCUCGCUAUCACAGAUCUUGGUUAUUCAACUGCCAUUGGACCUAAAAUGUUAGCAAAUUUUGUUGUCAGUCAAAAUACAAUAUCAUUUCAUCUUUGUGCCACACAAUUAGCCUUCUUUCUUCUGUUCAUUGCUUGUGAACUGUUUAUUCUAUCUGUGAUGUCCUAUGACCGCUAUGUAGCCAUCUGUAACCCUUUGCUCUACAAUAUAAUCAUGUCACAAACUAUAUGUUGGGUACUGGUGGCAGUCCCAUACCUUUACAGUGUAUUUGUUUCUCUCAUAGUCACUAUAAAUAUUUUCUCUUCAUCCUUCUGUGGCUACAAUGUCAUCCAUCAUUUCUACUGUGAUGGACUGCCCUUGAUUUCUCUGCUCUGCUCAAAUACAGAAGAAAUUGAAAUGAUAAUUUUAAUUUUAUCUGCUAUUAACUUGAUUUCCUCUCUUCUGGUCAUCCUCAUCUCCUAUCUGCUUAUUCUCAAAGCUAUUCUCAGGAUGAACUCGGCUGAGGGCCGACGCAAGGCUUUCUCCACCUGUGGGUCCCACCUGACAGUGGUCACUGUCUUCUAUGGAACUUUGAUAUUUAUGUAUGUGCAACCUAAGUCCAGUCACUCCUUCAACACUGACAAAGUGGCUUCCAUCUUUUAUACCCUAAUCAUCCCUAUGUUGAAUCCCUUGAUCUACAGCUUGAGGAAUAAAGAUGUAAAACAUGCCAUUAAAAAGACAGGGAAAACUAUAUACAAUAACUUCUCAUAG